UCUUCUGUCUUUUUUGUAUGUUUUGCUCACUCAUUCAUUCUAAAACAAAAAAUACAUUAAGAUUUAAAAUCCUGAGCAUAAACCAGGCUGAAGAAAAAGGAACUAUCUGUUUUCAAGGCGCGAUGAUGAGGAAAAAUCGUGAAGUUUGAAAAGCACAUGAACCCAUGUUCUCUGCAGCUCAUUAAUGAAAAGUUCCAGGUUGGUCUCCAUUUACCCGCAGCUGUGUGUGCAUGUUCUGGACACACUCGCUGACUCUGUCCGCUGGAAGGCAGGCGGCUGACGGUGAUCUGCCUCUGAGGAGAGAAGAAGCGGUGGAAAGUGAAAGGAAGGCUCCAUAACGACAUCGCAGUCCCCACCGCUCACCGACAGACAACACGCGGAGAGAGGCCCCGGGUCUAUCGCUUCCAGGCAGCGGCAGCAGCAGCAGCAGCAGCUCAGCGGCGGCGGCUCAGCGGACACAGCCAUGGCUAACAUCGCGGUCCAGCGGAUCAAGCGGGAGUUUAAAGAAGUUCUCAAAAGCGAGGAGACGAGUAAAAACCAGAUUAAAGUAGAUCUGGUGGACGAGAACUUCACAGAGCUGCGGGGGGAGAUCGCAGGUCCUCCAGACACACCGUAUGAAGGUGGCAGAUAUCAGCUCGAAAUCAAAAUCCCAGAAACAUAUCCUUUUAAUCCACCUAAGGUGCGUUUCAUCAGUAGGAUCUGGCACCCGAAUAUCAGUUCUGUGACGGGAGCAAUAUGUCUGGACAUUUUAAAAGACCAGUGGGCAGCUGCUAUGACGCUGCGGACAGUGCUGUUGUCUCUACAGGCUCUACUUGCUGCGGCAGAACCAGACGACCCACAGGAUGCAGUAGUAGCCAAUCAGUAUAAGCAGAACCCAGAAAUGUUCAAACAAACUGCAAGACUGUGGUCUCACUUCUACGCUGGCGCUCCUGUCCCCAGUCUUGAAUACAAACGUAAAAUAGACAAACUGUGUGCCAUGGGCUUUGAUAAGGACGCAGUAAUAGCGGCCUUGUCUUCAAAAUCCUGGGACGUGGAAACAGCGACAGAGCUGCUCCUCAGCAAUUGAGAUCCAGCCAGGUGUGAGGAUCCCAAACAAACUCCUGUCAUCACAGCAUCAGCUCCCCCGGCACAUUCCACCAUUGCCUUUUCUUUUGAUCGCACAGACAACAUCCUAUUUUCCACAGCAGUACUCUGAACCCACUUAUAUAGCAAGUUUGAUCACUACAAACACCGGUAGAAACACAAUCGCCAAUAUUCUCACCACACUGUUGCCUGUCUGAUCUCAUGUGUUCAUCAUGCUGAGUCCCACAAAAUCCAAUCAUGUUUUUCUUGUAAUGAGCCCUGAAAUAUUUCUAUCAUGCAUCUUGUCUUCCAUGCCCUUUAAUCAUAUCAGCUUUGAAGCAUCAUGAAAUUUCUUUUUCACAAAUGUGUUGUAGUAUUGCAAAGAGUAACUGCCACUUUUUCAGGGCAAAAAUUGAAGGAAAUCCUGCAUACUGAUGCUUCAUUCAUCUGCAGAGGUUUGGAUGUUCACACUUUUGUCUUCUGCAGAAGUAGAGAAAGAUCCCACACACAGACAUCCUUCAACAUCCACACACAUGCAGAGAAGAAAAACGUUAUCUGUAAAUAGACGCGUGUAAAUUUGAAAAUACGAUGGGGAUAUACUUUUUUUCUUACAUGGCAUUGUAAAACAAAUUAUUUUAAAUAUAAACUAUGCCUAGUUUACAGUUAUAUGGAAGAGAUAUCUUUUUAUGCUUUGUGACCCAUGAGAAAUCCCUCUGUCUUGUUUCCUUAAAGAUUGACCUGAGGUGGCACAGCCAAAAAUCCUGGCCCUAACGGAACAGGAGGUAACAGCCAGCUCAGGCAGUAAAGGUCGUUACUUGUCACCUUUUCUGCUACACCACAAUCCAACCAAUCUGUUUAUCUUUUCUUAUCCUCGCAUGUUCUAUGCUGCCUUUGUAUUUAGUUUGGCUACUUGAUGUGAUGGGACUUUGAGGUUGAAUUGACUCUUUCUGAUCUACGGAAAGAGACACCUGGGACUUCUGCUCGGCAAACUGCUCAAGCACACCCAGUUUGGUUUGUGUGUGUGUGCGUGCGCGUAGGGAACCAAAGCCCCCUCUGGUGUAUGUUGCGUCCGGCACACUUCGAGAAGGAAUGUGUUGAAUGUUAUUAAGGAUUUGAGUUUGCAAUGCAAUUUGUUGGUUUCUUCAGAGCAGUCAGCUUCAACCACAGGCACGAAUUAAGGGAUCGCUCACCCUCUCAGCUGUGAGGGGGAGGGGCUUUAUCACAAAUGACUCCAACAGAUCUUUGGCCAUAUAUUGAGGCAAUAUAGGCGACGCCCUAUAUUGCCAGAAAUGCUUUACAACACAGCCAAAUAAAAUAUUCAUGGAGGGUUGUCUUUUACUGAUGUUUGAGUCAGACAAGAGGCUGGAACUCCUCUGUUCUGCAGUUUUUUCACAUUCUUGAUUUGGGGUACAUGAACUGUAAAUGAAUUUCAUAGUACAGAAAAGUGGGGCGUUGGUGCAUCCUCACACAUCCCCUUUUUUUGUUUUUAAGAAAACUCCCUUUUGCUUGACCUCCAGCUCAGUCCCUACCAACACAGCAGCGUAUGACAAACACAUUGAGUUAAUCAUGCAAUCAUCUAAUUUGACGUUGAACGAGUUUCCAGGCGAGAAACAAAAAGAAUGGUUCAUGGUCAAAGGGUAGAAUGCAAACACCAUCUCCUUUUACUUGUAAAUAGUCAGAUCCUUGAUAAAGAGCCGUCCUGUUAUCACUUGGCUGGAUCUAUAUUUUGUAAGAAAAAGAAAGGACAAAAAGAGGCCCCCUCUCCACCACCACCUCCCUGUCUUCCUGGUGUUCUCACUAUGUACAAUAUUGCACGAUGACAGCAUAAAAAGGGGCUGUUGCAUCUCAGUUUCUCCAUUUGGAUUGAGACUUAUUUUUCUUUUUUUGUUUCCUUGGAAGCAAGCAUCAGCAGUAUAAAAAAGCAUGGUUAUUUAUUGUGACGGUGUCAUGUUUCUUUGAUUAAAAAACAGUGGAAAAUCAA